GCUGGAGGCGGCCACCGAGCUCCCCCGCAAACCAAGCGCUUUUAAAGCUGCGGAACUUGACAGCUCGGCUGGCAUCGGCCACAGCCCUGGCGCCCGCUGUUCCCGCGCUCUCGGCUUGCGAGCGGGUUCCAGGUGCGGUCGAGGCAGGUCCGCUCGGCUUGCGGGCUCCACGGCGGGACGCGCUCUAUGCGAUCGCUCAGCAUGUCGGGGCACUUUCUGCUCGCGCCCAUUCCGGAGUCGUCCUCCGACUACCUCCUACCCAAAGACAUCAAGCUAGCGGUGUUGGGAGCCGGGCGUGUAGGCAAGAGCGCAAUGAUUGUACGCUUCCUGACCAAGAGAUUCAUUGGCGACUAUGAGCCGAAUACAGGCAAAUUGUAUUCACGACUCGUCUAUGUGGAGGGAGACCAGCUAUCCCUGCAGAUCCAGGACACUCCUGGGGGCAUCCAGGCCCAAGACAACCUCAGCCAGGCCAUGGAUUCUCUAUCCAAGUGCAUGCAGUGGGCCGAGGGCUUUCUGCUUGUCUACUCCAUCACAGACUAUGACAGCUACCAGUUCAUCCGGCCCCUUUAUCAGCACAUCCGGAAGGUCCAUCCUGACUCUAAAGCCCCUGUCAUCAUUGUGGGCAAUAAAGGGGACCUUCUGCAUGCCCGGCAGGUACAAACGCAUGAUGGUAUUCAGCUAGCCAACGAGCUGGGCAGCCUAUUCCUUGAAAUUUCCACUAGUGAAAACUAUGAAGACGUCUGUGAUGUGUUUCAGCAUCUUUGCAAAGAAGUGAGCAAGCUGCACAGCCUCAGUGGGGAGCGGAGAAGGGCCUCCAUCAUCCCCCGGCCACGCUCUCCCAACAUGCAGGACCUGAAGAGACGCUUCAAGCAGGCUCUGUCUUCCAAAGUAAAAGCCCCCUCCACCUUGGGGUGAACCAUCUCAGACAGACUGAUGUCCUUUUUAUGCUGCAUUCAUGCAGCUGCAAAGACUGGGCCUCUCCCUUUUUAAUCACAUUUUCAGAGUUUAUUUUUAUAAAAACUUUAUUGGUUUCCAAGUGUAUGUGUGUUACUAAAAAUUCAAACUGAAUGCCUAGAAGUUGGGUAGAUUUUUUUUUUAAUAAAAGAUUUUUUUAUUGUAACUGCAGCCACUUUUCCAUUAAAGGCAAAAUGGCAACAUUG